AUGGACAGACCUCUCUAUUUGCUGGGAUACAUGGCUAAAGAAUCACGUGUAUAUGCGGUGGACAAGGAGUUGAAUGUAGUAUCUUACAAGUUGCUUCUCUCUGUUUUGGAGUACCAGACCGCCGUCAUGAGAAGAGAUUUUGAGACUGCUGACAAGGUACUCGCCACAAUUCCGAAGGAGCAGCGUACUCGGGUGGCUCACUUCCUUGAGAAACAAGGGUUCAAACGACAAGCUCUUGCUGUUUCACAGGAUCCGGAUCACAAGUUCGAUCUUGCUCUUGCACUUGGAGACCUGAAGACUGCAUAUGACCUUGCAUUGCAAGGUGACAGUGAGGAAAAAUGGAAAAUGCUCAGUCAGGCUGCGACCUUGAAAUCUGAACUCAUGCUCGCUGGAGAAUGUCUUGGUCGCGCAAGGGAUUACGGUGGACUGCUACUGUUAGCCACAUGUGCUGGUUCUGCCCCACUUUUGAGCAAGUUGGCGGCUGACUCUGCCGCAAGCGGACAUCAUAAUGUGCAUUUUACCACGAGUCUGUUGUUAGGAGAUGUUGAUGCCUGCUUGGAAUCUCUUAUUGCUACGGAUCGCAUACCAGAAGCUGCUUUCUUUGCUCGCACUCAUUGUCCUUCUCAGUUACAAAGAAUCAUGGGUUUAUGGAAGGAGAAAGCAGAUCGAGUACAGAAGAAUACUACUAGGAAAAUUGGAGAGUCGCUGGCUGAUCCUGAAAAGUACGAGAAUCUCUUCCCGGGAUGGGCUGCUUCACAAAAGGCUGAAUCCUACAUUCGCGAGCUUUCAAAGCUUGCCGUUCCAGCCUCUGUUCGCGCUCCAACAAAUGCGCAAAGGAAUGUGCCGGAAGAACUUGAAACCGCCAUGAGCACGGGUGCUGUCGUUUUUGACGAAGCUGGUCAAGCUCACCUCCGUGGCGUGUCUCGGAAGCCAGCUCCUCCAGUGCUCUCUGAUGAUGACAGCGAUGGUUUAUCAAGAGAUGUGGUAGCACCACCGCAAGCGCAUGCAGAGCCAGAUGUAGUCAGCGAACGACCGCGACCCGAUGUUGUGCCACGCCAUGGAGCUCUCUGA